AUGGGCAGGAUUGUCUUUUACGAGGAUAAGAACUUCCAGGGCCGUCGUUAUGAGUGUGACAGCGACUGCACCGACUUCCACUCCUACCUGAGCCGCUGUAACUCCAUCCGUGUGGAGAGUGGAGCCUGGGUGGUGUACGAGAGGCCCAACUAUAUGGGCUACCAGUAUGUUCUGACCAGGGGAGAGUACCCUGAAUACCUGCGCUGGAUGGGCCUCAAUGACCGCCUCAGCUCCUGCAAAAUGAUCCACUUUUCCUGUGGGACCCAGUACAAGAUGCAGCUGUAUGAGAAGGAUGACUUUGCGGGCCAGGCCUUCGAGGCCACCGAGGACUGCCCCUCAGUCCUGGAGAAGUACCGUUGGAGGGAGGUGUACUCCUGCAAGGUCCUGGAUGGCUGGUGGGUCUUCUACGAGCACCCCAACUACCGUGGACGCCAGUACUUCCUGGAGAAGGGAGAGUACAGGAAGCCUGGGGACUGGGGUGCAGUCAGUCCCACUGUCCAGUCCUUCAGACGCUUCACUGAGUGA